AUGCCCGCUGGCAACUCCACAAACUCCAAACUCCCCGCCGCCACCCGCGGCUGCACCCUUGACGAAGCCGAGGCGGGAGGGGCCGAAGAGGUCGAAGGCUUGGACGGUGAUGGCGCGCAGGGUGUAGGGGUCGGCGUGGAAGGGGUGGGUGGGGGUGGUGCGCUGGGUGGCGAGGGAGGUUUGUAG